AGCCAGCGAAUUUUUCUCAAGGGCUGCGUGAGAUAGCCAUGCUGCAGGCCAAAAGCUAUCCGAGCCCACAGUAUGCACAAGCACCGAGGGUCUACAUCCCGGCAGGACACCCGAACCACGUGGUGAGCUGGCAUGGCCCCGGGCAGGCGAUGGCGCCGGCGCCGGCGAUGAUGCAGCCGGUCGCCAGCCCCGUGAAAACGGGCGCCAGCCCCACCUCCCCGGCCGGAUCGCCGCAGCCCCACCGGUACGUCAUCACCAAGGUGCAGGCUGCCGCGCCGGUGGCGCAGCCCCAGCCCCUGCUGCCGGGGCAAAGCCCCGUGCCAGGGGUCUAUUCCCCGGUGAGCCAAGCCACGUAUGCCAGUCCUGUGGCCCCACGAGCGUUGUGGUCUCAGCCGACGGCAGCUCCACAGAAGCAGCGGAAGUCCGUCGCGAUGCCCACAAUGCCAUCCCACUCCCCCUCGCCGCCGAGCUCGCAAUCUGGCAAACGGGUAGUUGUGCAAAGCCCCAUCUCGCCGGCGGCAAAGCCACGGCCGGAACAUGCCCCGGUGAACAUGAAUGGCCGGGUCUUCGAUCGCAUCAAGGAGCUGGGAAGCGGCUCCUUCGGCGUGGUCUGGGAGGUCGAAGAGCAGAAAAAGUCGGGUGCUUCGCCGAAAUCGGAGCACAAGCUGGCGCUGAAGAAAAGUACGCCGGCCAAGAAGGAACUGAUGGAAGCUUGUCUGCUGGAGGCAGAGGUGCUGCAGCAGUUGGCCCGGGAGUUGCCUCCCGAGGUCGCUCAGCGGAACGUCGUGCCGAGGUAUGUCACCCAUUGCGUGGUCUCUGUGAACGGCAAGACACAAGUCUUGUUGGCAAUGAGCAAGCUCGAUGGCGUACCUCUGGACCAAUGGCUGUAUGGCAUUGACGAGCAGGAGCUGAAAGUUAUCAGCAUGCCGGACCUCCUGGACGGGCCACUGCCGAAGGGCCAGCGGUCCACCAGGAGUCUGGACUCUGCCAGCAGCGUGGUGACAGUACUGAUGAAGCAGAUGAGCCCGGUCUUUGCAACACUGCAAAAGAUCGCUUUCCAUCGGGACAUCUCGGCCCACAAUUUCUUGAUCGAGGAGUGCGAGGAUGCUGCCGUUCCCGUGAAGUUCGCGGUGCUUGACUUCGGCUUGGCGGUUCGCUCGGGUGGCUGGAAGCAGGAGUGGCGGGGCCGUAACAUCGCGGGAGAUCCCCGGUACUUUGCUCCCUCCGCCUGGAUGCAGCUGACGCACGGGUACAGAUAUUUGGAGAACAACCCCAAGGCUUAUUGGCAGCAACAAUAUGCAAAUCGCCUGGACCACUACGCCUUCGGGGUACUCAUAUGUGAGGUUUUUUUUGCGUUAUGGCAGGGUCCUGAGGAGCUCGGCGUUUCCCAGGAGGCGGACGUGGCAGAAUGGAGGAAAGCACUUGAGACAGCACGCACCGCAUGGCGUCGCUACUGGACGACGUGCGUUGGCCUUUUCCAGAGGUUUCAUUCCACAGGA